CGAACGAUUUCACGUUCCUUUUCCUUCUUUACAAUCUUUAUACAUUUUUUUUCCAUUAUACUUGCCGUAAGAACAAACAUAUUCUCAUUUUCAUGAUAAAUGAAACCAUAAUUUCAUCAAAGGUUUACGAAAAGAUUGACCCUUUUCCAGUCCAUUGAUUGUACGAAACGCACCGCACGUUUCAACGACGUCCCACGACAUAGCUCACCCACUCAAGUAGAAAGUACAAAAUACGAAAAGAAAACUUCGCCGUCUGCUGUUCGAUUUCCAAAUGGAAUAUUGUGUAUGCGAAACAACGAACCUUCAUUGAUUUCAAGAUGCUAAACUUCAUAAAAUAUGCAAUUCAAAGUAAACAAUUUACGCAUCGCUAUUGGGAAGAUGAAUAUGAUAUUAGAGAAAAUAAAUGUAGAAGAAAAUAUUAUGGUAAAAAUUAUAAUAUUGAUGAUAUACAGACUGAGAAAAUUUCCGCGACACAACAUGCAUACAACGUGUUAAAUUUUACAAUUCCUAAUACAACAAUGGUUUACUCCUCGAUGCUCGAGGAGUCCACGGAAAUAAUCAACGAAUCGACGACGCAAAAUGCCAGCAUAUCAUAUCAAAGCGUCAAUAGCAUGCUGUACUUGUACGUAACGCCGGCAUUAAUUUUAUUCUGCGUUAUUUCAAUCCUCGUUAAUAUUAAUGUCAUCAUAAGCGCAUUUUGGAUAAAACGUCCGCUCAGUCCAACAUUACACAUCAGUUUGAGCCUAUCAGGCGCAGAUGCUUUUACCAGCUGUGCUUUGGGCAUAGGACUAGUUAUGAAUAGUUUCAUACCUCACGGCCUUGAAAUCGAAUUGGAAGGCAUGAACUGCUUUUUACUGGCACUUGAAGCUGUGAGAUUGGGAGGCGUGAUAAUUACUGUGUUUCACUUGAUGGUCCUAGCUAUCAAUCAUUACUUGGGCAUUCUCAAACCUCUCCACUAUCUUUCAAUUAUGACACACAGAAAUAUCACGAUUUUAUUGGUUCUGCUUUGGGUGCUACCAAUCUCUUUCUUCGUGCUCUACUUUAGUUUAAUUGAAGACGAUGGUUUCCAGUCUGAAGAAUGCAAGAAAAAUAUGUUUUUAGUCCACAGGCAGUUUCGAAUAUUGUUUAGCAGUCUCUUUUUCGGGCCCUUUGUCGUGAUGACUUGCAUUUACAUCCACAUUUUCUAUAUAGUAAAGAGACAUCAAGCGAUGAGACUACGCUUUUGCGGAGCAGAAUCUUUCAUUCGUGUGAAUACUUCAGAAGUAACACGUAACAAUAAUAGGCGAAUGGCACGGAAUAUUAAAGCUAUCAAUACAACGUUAUAUAUACUUGGAAGCUUCAUAAUCGGUUGGAUGCCCGGAGUGAUAAUGUUUAUGCUGUUCUGCGAGGACUGCGUAUGGCAAUUGAAAAAUGUGAUAUCGAUGAAUAUCGCAUUCAUUAUCUACACCAUAAUCAACUUUCUCAUCAUUCUGAAGACUUUGGUUAAUCCUAUUAUUUAUGCUGCUCGAAUGCACGAAAUUAAGAUUGCCAAGAGACGAAUGUGCGACGCUUUGUGCAAAUGCCCGACGCUCAUCAACUUUAAUAACUUAGGAAUCAGCAUGAUAUACAGCAGCGAGAGCAGGAACUCACAAACGAGGAAUGGCACUAGUCCAUUAUCGCACAAUAUGAGCGUUCGAAGAGCGCGAAAUGGAAGCACUUAUAUUUGCGUGAAUUAUAAUGCACAAGAAUAUGGCAAUACAAUCGUGUAAACCGCGCGAUACACGAGAGACACGUUGCAAAAAUAUUUUCCCGUAUAUUUAAUCCGUUGUCUAAAUAAGAGUACAAAGUUAUAAGCGCGAAAUAAUGGCUAAAUAAGAGUACAAAGUUAUAAGCGCGAAAUCAUGGCUUCAACAAUAUUUUAAACAAGUGUUAUUUUAGUGUACUGAAAGUCAUAUUAUUUCAUAUUCUUUUUCUCUUCUUUUGUUUCAAAAUGUAAUUGUAACGAUUAUUCCAAGUGAAUACAUUGUUGCAGUCAUUUUCGUAUUCGUGUACAUUUUUGUAAAAAUUGUAUGUGAUUUGUAGUAGAUUUUUUUUGUCGAGGCCACAAUGUAUAGAUACGAUUGCAAUGCGCAUCUCAAUAUUUUUAAUCCUGCUAACAUGUUUGUUUGCUAUGUUCAAAGUUAAA